AUGCCAACAACAUCGGCUAAUGAUGCUUCACAGGCAACAACAUCGCCAACUAUUGAACAAAAUACACAACAAAGAUCUGCUGAUUUGCCAAAUUGUUUUCUUGAUAAUGUGCUCGGUGAUGGAGAUUGUCUAUUUCGGAGGCUUAUUGCUCGCCGUUACCAGGAAGACCUGCACAAUAUCGCAGAUGAACAUCUAACAGACGAGCGCAUUCAUGAGAUCGAAUGGGACGCUCCACAUAUUCGACAAGCUGGACUUCGUUUGGAUGUGACAGAUCCUCGAAGAUCUAUGCGAGAAUAUAGUCUUCACAUGAUGCAACCAGCAAACAACAACAAUACACGUUAUGGAUCGCAUCUUGAAAUUCGAUAUGCUGAAAUCGUUCUUGGCCGACGCAUUCUGAUCGUUGAAAAUCGUCGACAACGUGUAAUUGAUGCAAACGGACGUUCUCAUUGGCGAAAUAUGACCAACGAAUAUCAAGGGAUAUUCCUCUCUCCUGGCCUUUCAGCAGAAGAGAUGGGUUUGACACGUAUCACGGACUUUGGACAAAUUUUUGCAAUACUCCGUGCUCACAAUAUGGACAACACCAUCGUCCUCCGACUUGAAGGCAUACACUAUCGACCAAUAUAUCUGGUAGAAUAUUUUAACUAA